UAUACGAUCAAAAUUUGAUAUUUUUGUCUUGUUUUGGUCAAAAUUCUCGGUUUUUUCCCUAUUGUUUGCGCAGAAAAACGUAUUUUAGCUUUCGAAAGAGGAGUAAAAAUACGGAAGAGGUCUCCUUGCAUCUAUAAAAGCGUUAUUAAAUGUUCCCUGGUGCUUCCUCGACGGGUUUUUACCAUGCGCCAUUUAGUAAAGGCUUUCUGGUUUUAACUGGAACAGCUUCGUUCAUCAACAUCCUUUUUGCAUCAUCCACAAGACGCUUGUUUCCUAAUAAUCCAUGGAUCCAGAUUGUGCAUAACUCAAAGUUAUGGCAAGUUUUGUCCUCGUCUUUUUACUAUUCAAGUGCUAGAAAUUUGAUUUGUGGUUCAUUUCUUCUGUAUUCCUUCCGGAUCUUUGAGAGACGAUUUGGAUCUAAAAGAUAUGCAUCUUAUAUUUUCUGUACCUCUGUUAUUGCAAUUGGACUUCAACUUACCUCUGUAGCUGUUCUCAAACAUUUUGGGCAAGAAGUAGGACUUCCUCCACCAGGACUUUUUGGAGUGCUGUUUGCAACUCUUGUCAAGUAUUUCUAUGAUGUCCCAGCAUCAGAUGCCAUUACUUUCUUUGGAUUCCCAAUCUCAGGCAAAAUAUUUAUUUACUCCAUAGCGUUACAGAUGCUGUUAGCUAGUAGGGAAUCACUUUUAGCUGGUGUUUGUGGGAUGGUAGCAGGAUUUAUUUAUAGGUUCAACUUAUUUCAAGUUCAACAGUGGCUGAACUUGCCAGAAUCUCUGACGUCAGCUGUGUCCAGAGCAAUCGGUGGAUUGUUUUCAACAGAGAGUCUCCCUACUCAGCCCUAUGCAAUGGGUGCGACGCUGGAAAUACAGAGAGCUCAGCAAGUGGAACAUUACGAACAGCAAGCAUUGAGGGCUAGAAUGGGACAUCUCAGAAACAGGGGUCCUCCAAGAGUAGGCCAAGGAUAUGCAGAUGUUCUUGUGCCCCCUGGGGGAGGAGGCUGGCUUUGGGGUGGGGCAGGUGGCCAACAGCCACCACCCCCACCUCCAAUGAAUAACUGGCAUGACAGAGAUGCUGAUGCAGACAAUGCUAACGUACCUCAGCAACCAACUGUGGAAGUUUCCGAACAACAGGUUCAGACUUUGGUAGAGAUGGGUUUCUCCAGAAUGGCAGUCCUCCAUGCUCUGACAGCAAGUAACAAUGACAUCACCGUGGCCACAAAUAUUUUAUUGUCGCAGUCUUAGCCUCGAGUAUUAUUAGUACCGGUAGUGGUUAAUUACAACAUCUGGUCCGUUGUAGCAACUACCUGUCAGGAUUUCUGUAAAUACAGUGUAAAAUGCAAGAUCAAAAUAUUACAGAUGUAAAGUUCUGAUUUUGAGAGACUUAAUAAGCAAGUCGGAGUAACAUUUUUAUGUUACAUGCCUUCUAAUGUUUAUGGUAGGAUAGUUUUAACAGUGGAGGCCAUUGGAAGUUUUAUUAAUGUGCCAUGGUACUAUGAAACUACAUGUACAGUGAGGUGGCUGAAAAAAAGGAAGUAAUAAAAUUGUUUUAAAUUAUGA